UUUGGAAGCUUGUUGCGGCUCAAGCCUCGGGUCCCAGCCCUCUUCCCGCCCCUCCCCUCCCCUAAACUCCCUUCACCUUGGAGCUGCCAAACAUCUGGAUCACCCUGGGCACCUCGAGGGGUUGAAUUUCUACCAGUAACGCGCCUUUUUACAUUUUUCCCCGACCUCCUGCUCACAUCUGUAAAACCCACUGCUUUUUCUACCACACUUUUGAUAAGAACAAGACGUUUUCUAGGAAGAUGGUGGCAGAAAAAGAGACCCUGACCUUAAACAAAUCCCCAGACAAGAUGCCGAAGAGGACCAAACUGCUGCCACAACAGCCGCUCCCGGUGCACCAGCCUCAUUCCCACGUUUCUGAGGGCUUCACAGUCAAAGCCAUGAUGAAAAACUCAGUCGUGCGGGGCCCUCCAGCUGCAGGGGCAUUUAAAGAAAGGCCAACCAAGCCCACCGCAUUCCGAAAAUUUUAUGAGCGUGGAGACUUCCCAAUCGCCCUUGAGCAUGACUCAAAAGGAAACAAAAUUGCCUGGAAGGUGGAAAUUGAGAAGCUGGAUUACCAUCAUUACCUGCCUCUGUUUUUUGACGGGCUUUGUGAAAUGACGUUUCCCUAUGAGUUUUUUGCUCGGCAAGGAAUCCACGACAUGCUGGAACACGGGGGGAACAAGAUUCUACCUGUCAUCCCACAGCUCAUUAUCCCGAUAAAAAAUGCUCUGAACCUCCGAAACCGACAGGUCAUCUGUGUCACACUCAAAGUCCUCCAGCAUCUGGUUGUGUCGGCCGAGAUGGUGGGUGAAGCCUUGGUACCCUACUACCGUCAGAUCCUCCCAAUCCUGAACAUCUUCAAGAACAUGAAUGAGCAAAGGCUGAGAACAACAAGGUCACUGGGGUAAUCUGAUUUCACUGUGGAAAAGGAGAGAUUUUUCAGUGCUCGAAGUCAGCGUCCUCCUUCAGUCAACGUUUGCACAGGGCAUGAGGGUCCCAGUGGGAGUCAGGAGGAACAGCAUCCUGCAGGAAGACCAUAGCCUCCCGUCUUCAUGAAGACUGGAAACCCGGAACAUUGGUUCAGAAACCUCCCCAGCACCUGUGGCUUGAGUGUGGCCCUUUGUGUGUGUUCUGAGAGCUAUGGACAGGUCGGUCAUCUCCCUGGAAGGUUCCCACUUCCUAACUUCCCACCUGGUCCUUUAGGCCUGUCUCUUAGAGCAGCAAUGAUCACUCCCAUUUACACCGAAGGCCCUAAAAGUCUCUCAUCUGCAGACCAUACGAAGACACGUCAAUCCUAAUAAAUGCUUAUAAAGAUGGGAAGAUUACAUGGGAAACUUACCAUACAAUCCCCUGCCCCAUAUUUACCAUGGAUCCAUAGCACUGAGAAAAGUCCUUGAAACCAGCAGCCCUCCCUCAUCUUGCCAGCCUGCUUGUGAUGAAGUAAAGUGAGCAUGACCAUCCCUCUUACAGACGUGAGGAUGAGACGUGCCAGUGCCCCCCAAGGGAGAUGCUGUGGAAAAUCCAGCUGCGGCAAGUCCUGUACCUGCUGACCCCCUCACCUGGGACCUUCCUGGGGUAAUGUCACCUACCCUUUGCUGUACUGGGAAGGCAGUGUUCUUCAACCUUACAGCCAGCCUUCCUGUGGUGACAAGUGACACCUGGACCCUCCUGCAACUUUCCUGUUCUCUUUCUUACGUGUUGCAGAGUGCUGCUCUGUUCCUCCCUUUCGGGACCUCAUUGUCACCUACGGCUCACCUCACUGCUCAGUCACCUCACCUGUCCAGACACCACUUCUCUUUCCCUUGGAGGGAAGCGACAGUACUGCUUGGCUCGCACAGCUGUUGUUUUAAAAGACCUACCGUGGGGAAGAGACACUGUGUUCUCGCUGUUCUUACUCCAGAGACAGCAGGUGGGGAGAAAGAAGCGACUGAGAGCCUCUAGGCCUCUAGGCUGAAAUGAUGCCCCAAUACUGCAGAGGAACUGUGGGUGACUGUCCAGGCAGCCAGCUGUCUCUGUCAUUCUAGAUUUUUGGAAGUUGCUUACAAUGCAUUUCCUGUUGACUUAGGUAACAUUAUAUCCUUCUGAAGUCUUUGAUGUAGUUGAAGACUAGAUGGCUAUAAUUAUAAUUUUCCUUAGUUAUGAUAAAAGAUAAGUUAGAUAUGAAACUUUAGACUCACAAAUAUAGGAUAGAUAAAAUAUUUUCUUUACCUUUGUUAAAUACAAAUAGACUAGAUAUUGUAACUGUAAUUCUUGCUUGAUAACUGUUCUAUUAUAUGUAAUUUUACUAUGUUAAAGUUAAAACCUUCCUUUUUGAUUAGAAAGAAAAGGGGAAGUGCUGUGGGAUAUCUUUCUGUAUGCUGUGAAUGUGUGCUGCUCUGACUGGUUGGUAAAUAAAACUGUUUGGCUUAUGGCAAGGCAGCUUAGAGGCAGGCAGGAAAUCCAGGAGAGAGACAGGAAGAAGAAAGGCAGAGGCAGAGGAGACGCCAUCCCGCCAUCCAGGGAGCAGCAUGUAAUGGCACACAAGUAAAGCCACAGAACAUGUAGCAACAUACAGAUUAAUAGAAAUGGGCUGGGGCUGGAGAGACGGCUCAGCGGUCAAGAGCACGGCUGCUUUUUCAGAGGUCCUGAGUUCAAUUCCCAGCAACCACAUGGUGGCUCACAACCAUCUCUACGGGGAUCUGAUGCCCUCUUCUAGAGUAAAUACAUACAGGCAAUUAGAGCACUCAUCCAUAAAAUAAAUAAAUAAAAGAUCUUAGAAAAACAUAUAACAAAAAAAAAGAAAAAAGAAAAGAAAAAGAAAUGGGCUUAGUUUAUUUAUAAGAGCUACCUAGCAAGAAAAUUGAGCCAUAGGUCAUGGCCAUGCAAUUAAUAAUUAAUAUAAGCCUCUGUAUGUUUAUUUGAGGUCUGAGCGGUUGUGGGACUGGGUGGGACACAGAAAAACUUCCAGCUACAGAGAGCAGAGUGAGGCAGAGAAUUUGUGACUCUCCACAACUUUCUCAAUAUGUCUACUCAUUGAAUCCUGUUGUCCAAGUAAGAAAAGAGAUCAUUUCUCACCUCCCAAGCUUGAACUCUGCUCACUUACUUCAAUGGCUACAGACUCUCUAGAUAUCUUUAUCCCAGACAGGGAUAAACUGGUGAAUUCACCCAUUUUUUUUUCUCAGUAUGACGUCUACAGGAAAACAGUCAUUAAUCAAUGAAGACUCCAAUUUGCCUUUUUUCUUGUCUUGACCAAAUCAUUUUCAACUGGACAUGUAAAAAAGAAAUGUGCUAUAUUAAGGACUAAUAAGCCACAUGGACAUUGAAAUUAUGGACUCGAAUAACAUUUGGUAUUGUGUCAACAAAUAAUUUGAUUUUGACAGUG